AUACGAUUUCCUCUCUCUCUUCGCCCACACCGAUUGAGGUGUGAUAUCGACAUUCACCUGACUCGGGUUGGAUUGUCUAGCCGCUGUUUGAUGUUUCUCAGGGCAGGCCUCGCGGGAAAGCGCCUGCUGUCUUCCAUGGCGCAGUCCACGACUCCGAUUGAGGAUGCCAUGCGGGCGAAGAUCACAGAGGCGCUGAAGCCCACGACCCUCGAGAUCCACAAUGAUUCGCACCUCCAUUCGCACCACAAGGCCAUGCAGGGCGUGACGAGCAAAGAGACACACUUCCGCCUGACCAUUGUCUCGCCCGCCUUCGCGGGCAAGCUGCAACCGGCAAGGCACCGCAUGGUGUAUUCGCUCCUCAAGGACGAGAUGGCCCAGGAAGGCGGCAUCCACGCGCUGCAGCUCAAGACGCGGACGCCCGAGGAGGAGCCGCGGGCCCAGGCGAAGGAGUAGACAUUGGAGGGGUUGAGAGUGCAUGUCUAGUGAGCAAAGCCACGAAGAAACUGUAGAAGGGGUGUUGUAUGAGGUAUCUAUAGACGAACUGCCAUCUACCAUAGAAGGAGUGCUUGAACGCCAUACCUUGGGCUCCUACGCACAACCACCUAACAAUAGACUCAACUUGUAUACCAU